CUUAAAACAAUGAAUUUCCCCUCCUUUUUUCUCUCUCUCUCUUUUUUCUUUAUACAAUGAACCUUAACGAACAUUUUAAUUCAUACCCAUAUAACGAAAGAAGACCUUCUUUAAUCGACCCAACUUCUCGUACUCUAUACCCCCUCAAUAAUUUUCGUCUUCAGGACAAUCAUAGCACACACUCAAGUCCCUCAAAUUCACGCCGAGGUUCACUUACUGAUCCAGUUCUUCAUGCCUCUAAUAAUCUACUACGCCCUAGCCUAUUAUCUCUUAAUUCACCACCUUCCUCACCUUCGUCUAGACGAUCCUCUAUGGUGACUACACCAGAACUCUAUCCGUUACCUACACCACCUACUUCUACAUCCACUUCACCGUGGCGCAGAGAGUCCUUACCUUCCAUCACACAUCUCACAGGUGUGCCUCCUAACAAAAGAACCAGACCUGAUAUUCAAUGCAAACAGGUUCAGCAGAUGAUGAUGCUGGAUGAUACACAGUAUCGACGUCACUCCAUUGCAGCAACAGGUGUCUUGUCCGUGAUGCCUUCAAAAAAAUCAAGACAUCAUUCCAUGUCGAUCUCACAAGCUACAGAGGAAGAAAUUGAGGAGGAAAAGAGACGGAUGUCGAGGAGAGGCAGUGAACAAUCAUCCACACCUUACAGUCGAUCGCCUGAGUUACGCAUCAGCCACAAAUUAGCAGAGAGAAAACGAAGAAAGGAAAUGAAAGAUUUGUUUGAUGAUUUGCGGGAUUUAUUGCCAUUAGACAAAGGAUUAAAGACAAGCAAAUGGGAGAUUUUAAGUAAAACACUGGAUUAUAUUCGCUUUUUACAUCAACGAGAAUACGCAAUGGAAAGAGAAAAGACUGAAUUAUUGAAUGAAUUAAAUGCAUCAAGACAAUAGAAAAAAAAAAGACUUUCUUUUUUAUAUAUAUACAUACAUAAAUAAUAACACAAAUAAACAUGUGUAUCCAUAGUACAAGAUCACCUUAAGAAACUUGUAUACUUUUUAUGGUAGCCUUGAC